AUGGGUGUCCACCCCACUCUGGGGGGUAUACCCACUCCUGCGUCAUCUGCUCAGGCGCCUGGCACCUCGUUAUCCUUCUGCAUGGUGCACAAGCAUACCGCCGACGGUAAGUCCGAUUGUGACGGCACGUGUCGUAUUCGAACGGAUUUGAUCGUAGAAGCAGGUGCAUUCGCGGCCCAUGAUCUGCCGGCUGUGACCGCAGGUGUAGGUUAUGGUGUGGAGCGGCAUAUGUGGUGGUGGCGGUGGUGCACGACGCGCGUGUCCGGUAUUGCUGGAAGCUUUUUGCCUUGGUUGAUCUUGAUUAGAAGCUUGAUGAGCCUUUCGACUUGUUUGGCUUGGCGUAAGUGGUUCAUCAUGGCUGCUGCAUGUCUCGCGAUGCGAACUGAAGCAGAACCUAAGGAUGAAGCAAGUGGUGCAGUAGAGUUCGCUUUGAGCGUGCCGCUCGCAUGCUGUUUGCGCAUUGUCAAACACUGCGAUCCUUUCUGGCAGUGGCAAGCGGUUGGCGUAUGGAGCAAGCAACAUCGUCAAAGUAGCGAUGCCUGUACUCCGUAUGCUACGAGGUCACCGUUUGAGAUUCUCAGUUGUGGCAUUCGUUGUCCAGAUGGUUGCAAAAGUGCGAAGCCGCUUGCAUCUGAGCAUUCUGAUGCUCGACUACAUCUGGUACUCGCGGAGAAGGACCAUCCACUCACUUCUCAGAGUGUAGGCCUUGCAGAUGUUGUUGGUCCUGGGAUAGCUGCCCGGAGCAGUAACACCAAGUGCGCCUGUAUGCCAUCCAACAUGCCGUGUCUCGCACAACUUUAG